AGAGGCAGGGGCUGCGGAGACCGAGCCGCGGAGUGUCUGCAGCAUCCAGUUUUUGCGUCUCCGGCCCCCAGUAAGCCCCGGCUCUCUGUCUCCUCCCCUCUCCCGCCCAUGCGGUUCUCCCACGGUGAGCCAACUCUGCGCACUUUGCCCCUUCUUGGCAGCGAAUAAAAGGGGUCAGAGGAAAUACAGGACACGGUCGCCCACUGCCAGCUCUAGCCUUUAAAUACCCAGCCUGGGGAGACCCGCGCACAGCAGGUCGGGUGCAGACACCGACCCAACGUGCAGCAAAGGGUUCCGAGCGCAGCAUCGCUGAUCUCCGCGCAAGAGCCGGCUCCAGCACUAGUCUACGCUCAGUGCGGUCUGCCACGAACUCCUCCCUGAAGUCUCAUCCCUGGGAAAGUGAUCCCAACGUCCGAGAGCCCAGAUGCCGGCCCACUUGCUGCAAGAGGAGAUCUCUAGCUCCUACACAACCACCACUACCAUCACAGCACCUUCCUCCAGGGUCCUGCAGAAUGGAGGGGGCAAGUUGGAGAAGACUCCCCAAUACGUGGAAGAAGACAUCCGCCCUGAAAUGAAAGAUGACAUCUAUGACCCAACCUACCAGGAUAAGGAGGGCCCAAGGCCCAAGCUUGAAUAUGUUUGGAGAAACAUCAUCCUCAUGAGUCUGCUACACUUGGGAGCCCUGUAUGGGAUCAUAUUGAUCCCCACCUGCAAGAUAUACACCUUGCUCUGGGCGUUUGCCUACUAUCUGCUGAGUGCUGUGGGUGUCACGGCAGGAGCUCACCGCCUGUGGAGUCACCGAACUUACAAAGCUCGACUGCCCCUGCGGGUCUUCCUGAUCAUUGCCAACACGAUGGCAUUCCAGAAUGACGUUUAUGAAUGGGCCCGAGAUCACCGUGCCCACCACAAGUUUUCAGAAACAGAUGCUGAUCCCCACAAUUCCCGACGUGGCUUUUUCUUCUCUCACGUGGGUUGGCUGCUUGUGCGCAAACACCCAGCCGUCAAAGAGAAGGGUGGUUUGCUUAACAUGUCUGACCUAAAAGCCGAGAAGCUGGUGAUGUUCCAGAGGAGGUACUACAAACCCGGUAUCCUGUUGAUGUGCUUCAUCCUGCCCACGAUCGUGCCCUGGUAUUGCUGGGGUGAAGCUUUUCCCCAAAGCCUGUUCGUCGCCACCUUUCUUCGUUACGCCAUCGUGCUCAAUGCCACCUGGCUGGUAAACAGUGCUGCCCACCUAUACGGAUAUCGCCCUUAUGACAAGACUAUUAGCCCCCGGGAGAAUAUCCUGGUUUCAUUGGGAGCUGUGGAGAGCUUCUGUCUUAUCAGCUUGACCCCCACACCAGGAUUCAAGCUCAAAGAAUUAGAAGCCAGAGCAGUCCCCUCUGAACCAGUGGAAACUGAGGAAAUGUGGGCCCCUGGUCUGGGCCUCUUUCUGACUUUUGACUGUUGGUGCCUGAUUCCGUGGUACCUUCUGCCCUUAGAGAUGGUAUGGUACAGUGGGGAAAGGUAUACCCCCUUGCUCACCUUUUUCAGAAACACGGCAGCAGUUCUUUGUUCUAGACUCUUCUCUCCUCACCCUAACACAUGCUCACUCAUACAGAGCUUUAAGGUCUCAGACCAAUAACUAGUGAAGCUCUGGAAUUUCCCAAUCUAAAAUUUAUCCCCUGUGAUAGCAGUUUCUCUCCGGUCAUCUUAUCCCCUCAGAGGAACUGUCAGUCCUCUUCCCACAGAGGCUCCCAGAGAGCCAUGGCGACCAGGGUGUCCCCAGUUGUUUCUCAAGGUGCCUCUGAGGGGAUCUAUUUCGUUGAAAAGACUGGAUUCAUUCAUUCAACCACAGCAAGUUAUCUGCUAGGUUUGAGCUGUGCCACCCCCAGUGUAGCUUCAUGACUUUUCUCUGCUUUUUGUUCCAGGUGAGGGCUUCCACAACUACCACCACACCUUUCCCUAUGACUAUUCUGCCAGCGAGUACCGCUGGCACAUCAACUUAACCACGUUCUUCAUCGACUGCAUGGCUGCCCUGGGUCUGGCUUAUGACCGGAAGAAAGUAUCCAAGGCUGCCAUCUUGGCCAGGAUUAAAAGAACUGGAGAUGAGAGCUACAAGAGUGGCUGAGUUUGGGGUCCCUUGGGUUCCUUUUCUGAAAGCCAGCUGGGCAGAGGUUUAAUGUUCUGUUUAUUAACUACUGAAUAAUGCUACCAGGAUGCUAAAGAUGAUGAUGUUAACCCGUUCCAGUACAGUAUUCUUUUAAAAUUUCUUUUAAGAUUGAAAGCCUACAAUUCUGCCUUUAUGAUGCUAAGCUCAUAUUCUUGUUUCUUCUCUCUCUUCUAGUCCCAUUGUCCUUCUCUUGGCUUUGUUCCUGUCACCUUCCUCUCUCUUCCCCCUCACUGUGCCCCAGGCAAGGAGCUGGUCAGUCAUUGGUGGGUUUCCAGCUUCCAAAGCCUAGACCUUUCAGUAGUCCAAAACUGGUGAGUGGUCUUUGCCCCAGAUAGCUCUUUCUUUGAGUUGUCCUGAGCUUUAAGGUGGGUGGCUCAAGGGAGAGAGGUGAUAAAGUCUUCUGGGAAAGCCCCGUUCAUUAUUUUCAGCCCAGACUUUUGCUCGAUGACAUGGAAAAAUAACUCUAUUUUGGCACAAAGCUUCGAAAGCAGGUAAUUUGUCAGGGGAGGGAGUUAGCAUGCUGUGUGUGGUGGGGUUGAUAAAGAAGGGGGAGGUGAGGUGGGAAACCAGGCAGGAGGCUCCUGCUGUGAUGGGACACUCGGCUGACUGCCCAGUGAGGGCUUUGCGCCCUGACACACAGCAUGCUUCCUUUCUCUCCUGACUCUGGGGAAUGGCCGUGGAACUUGGCAAUGCUAGAACUCAAAAGCACAUCCCAGUGUCCCAAUGUACGUUAGGCUGAGGAUAAAGAAGCAGCAUUUAGUUUGUGGCAGCAGUGGUCUCUGCUGGGGAAGAAGUCUUUCUUGUCUCUUUAAUAACAGGAAGAUUUCUUAUUCCAUAGAGUGAGAAAUCUUGAGGUUCUUUCCGGAAUUGCUGAAUCGGCAACUCAUGCAAUUGUCCUCACUCUUUUCAUCUUCCCGCUCUGCCAUCUUUGGGAUACAGCUCCCCUCAUAGUAACAAUAAGGUGGCUGCCGCAUUUUGAGACAUCGGAACUGAGGUGUGUUGGUGGUACCGUGGUGAGCUUAACUAUCUUCCCAAAAAGAAAGGAUUUUAGCAGGUGGAGGUGGGUCCCACAUAAAGAUAGUUAAACCUCGGUACUUUGCUUGGAAUACCAACAUAAUUCUCUUGGACUAUUUCCCUCUGAAAGAGAAGGAGGCUUGAGAAGAGGAAGAAUGGGGGUGGAUGGUCUCCUUUCCUCUCUCUGCUGAACAGGAGAUGGAGGGGUUGAGGGGCAGGGUCUAGAGGCAGCUCCUGAGACAUAACAUUGCAAACGAAGGGCUCUGGGGGAUUCAGAAGGUUACUGAGUAAGUUACUGGACGUCCUCCUAUGGGAAGCUGGUCACACAGGCAAGUUAGAUAUUGGGGUUCAUUUCAUUCAUUCCAGUUGCUGCUUGGAAUAAGGAACUAGAAGGCUGCUCCCCACAGUGUGAAAGCCUUUCACUCCUGCCUUCUAGCCUCAAGCGUACUACCCUGACUAUGGAUUCCUGCUCUGCCCUGUCUAUCCGUUUUUUCCUGCCGGUUCUAUCUCCUCCCUGAGAUUUUUCCUUUCUCUCUGGAGGGCAGGCCUCCUUUGGGAGUAUGCAAAGGCAGUGAUGGCUGCUGCUCUACAGGCAGCUUCCUCUCCCACAGUCAGAAUGCUCAGGGUCACUGAACCACUGUUUCUCUUCACAAAGGUGAGCUAGCUGCCACCUCCACGUGGCCUCCAGAGUCUCCACCUGCACCCUUGUGCUCCCCUGCCACUCCAAUGAUUCAAGACAAGGCGGGCAAACCCUCCUAGAAACAUCCCGGGCACGGGCAUCCUUUCUCAUAAGGCACAGCCAAGCCAAAUGCUCACGUUGUGCCAGUGAGUCAGCCACAGAGCAAAAGAGGGUUUGUGGUUAGUCUCCUCUAUCUGGGUCAGAACCAGAGAGCAGGCUGGAUGCCCCCUGCUUGCUCGGUAAGCCUGCCCAGCCUGAGUCAGUGCUCGCGGCUGACAGUGCAAUGCUUGCAGAAACAGGAGGGAGCCCGGUCUUCACUGGGAAGCACAAGAGGCCAAGACAAGUUCCAAAGUGCCUCACUCGAAAGGGAACCCUGUCCCCUGGAGCUAGGGUGUACCACAAAGCUUUGGCUGAGUCUUGGGCUGAACAGCGUCUCUGUUCAGCAAACUAACCAGCAUUCCCUACAGCACAGCCCAAGGCAGACAAGAGAAUAGAAGAGGGCUGGAAAACAAAAAAUAAGAACCUUGGCCCACUCCUGUCCCUGUAACCUCAGUCGUCAACACAGAAGCCUGGCUUUACUCUAAAGAUUGGAAAUAUACAAUACCAGAUGCUCUGUCCACUGUUGAGCCCCAGGAGUGGAAGGGCAGAGAGCAUUUCUUCCUGUAUUAACUGAGUAAAUGGAGGAUAAAGGGGUUGGGCUGGACUAGAGGCAUCUUUGUCUUUUGAGCCAUUCUUCUCAGUAGAAAAAAAAGCUGAUGGAAGAUCACUAUAGUUCACAUUCCCAGACCCAAGCACCUACUCUUUGGAAAUGACUGUUGGGUUAGUUUUAAUUCCACAGGUCGUCAGAUGCCUGCUUUAUAGCUGAUGAUCAAAACCAACUUUUAUCUUUCUAUUCUAAUUGUUUUCAAUGGAUCUGAUCCAUACCAUAACCCUACACAAGGCUGGAUGGGCUUCUUAGGCCAAGGGCCCCAGUGUAUGUGUGGAUGUGUAGGGUGGGAGGGCGGGGAGUAAGGAAUACUUUUUUCAAGGUUCUAAAGCUGAAUUCAAAUGACGCAUUAAUGACCCAGAAACUCAGAUCUGAUCGAAUCUGAAUUUCUAACAGGCCUUGCUUUGUAGGUGUACUGACAACUUAUCUGGGGGCCUUACAUCUUUUUUAAUCGGUGUUACGUCCGAGCCUGCUCUGCUCCCUCACUCCCUCUGCACUCCCUCUGUGGCGUUCCCUUGCCCCUGAGAGCCUGCAGAAGUGGCUGGUAGAAGUGGGGGGCUGGCUGGAGAAUUAUCAGUAUGCAGGAUUCCUUUCUGGGCUUUGUUUUGGAAACUUUCCUUAGGGCUGUUUUUAUUAAGUGCCCACAUUUGACGGAAGGUGGAAGGAAUUUGAAUGUAUUUGAUUUAUAAUGUUAUUAUUAUUAUUUUUUUAGAUUAAAAGAUGGUUGUAGCAUUUAAAACGGAAACCUUUUCUCCUGGUUAGCUAGUAUCCUGAGUGUAUUCUCUGUAAGUGUAGCUCAAAUGGGUCAGCGUGAAGAAAAGUUAAAGAAAGCACGAUGUCAAGGUUACACGGGUGGUUAAGGCCAGGGCCUCUCCUACCACUGUGCCACUGACUUGCUAUGUGACCCUGGGCAAGUCAUUUAACUAUAAUGUGCCUCAGUUUUCCUUCUGUUAAAAUGGGAUAAUAAUACUGACCUACCUCAAAGGGCAGUUUUGAGGCGUGACUAAUGCUUUUUAUAAAGCAUUUUGGGAUCCUUCAGCAGAGGAAUUCUCUUAAGUCCUGAGUAUUUUUAUAAUAACAGUAUCCACCAUGAACUGUGUCCACCAUGAACCCUGUGUCCUGGAUGCUGUCAUUAAUCUUUAUGGUUCUCUCUGAGAAAUUGAAUAAACCCAAUAGAUAAGUGGUGGAUAACUAGUCAGACAGAAUCUGAGAAUGCAUAAACUCAUUGCCAUGGAAACAUACACAGGAUACCUUUUCCUUGAUUGGGUGGGAUUUUUUCCCCUUUUUAUGUGGGAUAGUAGUUAUUUGUGGCCUAAGAAUAAUUUUGGAAUAAUUUCUAUUAAUAUCAACUCUGAAGCUAGUUGUACUGAUCUGAGAUUGUGUUUGUUCAUAAUAAAAGGGAAGUGAAUCUGA